UAUCCUCUGCCCAUAAGAAGUACAACGGAAUUAACCCUCGAAAUUGUUAUAGGUUGUGUUUUGUUCAUUCUUGGCAUCACAGGGAAUGGACUGGUCUGCUAUGUGAUCAGCCGCAGCCCUCGUACAAGAUCAUCAAUGUAUUUUCUACUGGUACAACUAGCCGUGGCGGACAUCCUCGUUUGUUUGGUCUCCAUUCCACUGACGCUUGUGUCCACGCAGCCAAUACCGUUUCUGCUAUUACAAAGCGACAUUUCCUGCAAAAUGGUGCGCUUUAUACAGUAUCUUUUGCUACCUGCAUCUGUCAACCUUCUUACCGUUACAGCAGUGGACCGCUUCUUCCAAAUUUGCUACCCGCUGAAGUUUUUUAACCGAGACAGCAAAAUAAAGUGCCUCGCGCUUUGUUCGUGGAUAUACGCCGCGAUUUUAACCCUCCCAGAAUUUUAUUUCAUUAGUACGCGACUGGUCAAGCACGGUGAAAAAGUUUACGUAUUUUGCGCAGUAAAGGAGACCUCUAAGGAUGCAAAACUUGGCACCAUAUAUUUGGCAGUUCGUGGGGUUUUAGGAUUUUUGACCCCUCUCGCGAUAAUAAUAACCCUUUAUUACAAAAUUAUCAAAACAGUUUGGAGCCGACAGACCAUUCGCAGCCGAAUGCGAAGAAAUGUGAUCAAGAGUUUAGCGAUGGUGGUUAUUGCGUUUUUCCUCAGUUGGUCACCGUUUUCAAUCAUAUCAAAGCACUCUAUUUUAAUGAAGGAACGUUAUAAUUCCGUUUCAAGAGCGGAAAUAAUCACAUUUUGGAUUGGAUUGUCUGCGUCGGUCUAUAACCCUCUGAUUUAUGCAUUCUACAACAAGAAUUUCCGAGACGCGUUUCGCGAAGUUGUCCUUCACAGGAAAACGACUAAGAAGAUGGCGUUUAACAUUCAGUCACAAGUGAAGCUCGUUAAAAAGCCAGAAAAAGAAACUGAAACCUUUGGCCUACAAAGUGAAACACCCAUCUUGCUCAAAUACAGCGAAUUA